UUGGGUGAGUAGGAGUUUCUACAGUUACCGUUCGCACCUCUAUAGUAACCGAUUUACUCCACGCAACAGCGUCCCACGUAGUAGCCGAGUAGAAAACACUCGUUUGUGAAAUAUGUCGUCUAAGGAAACACAAACAGAUCCGAAAAGGAGCAAAAAGAUAGCUGAGGAAGAACCAAAAUCAACUAAGAAUGUGACCACACAAACUACGCUAGAGGUGAAGCCGAAACCAGCGCAACCAGCUGCACAGUUGAUUCAAAAGAUAUUAGAUUGCCAAUUUGAAAUAUUCGGUAUUGUGCAAGGGGUCUCCUUUCGAAUGUAUACGAUGCGAAGGGCUGAGAAGCUAGGGGUGCGGGGUUGGUGCAUGAACACCCCACGCAAUACUUUCACGGGCCAAAUCCAGGGCUAUGAACCAGCAUUUGAGGCAAUGCGUCUCUGGCUAGAGCACACUGGCAGCCCCACGAGUCGGAUUGACAAGUGUAUUUUUGGCACCACCAAUAUAUUGCAAGAAUUUACAUUUGAUUCGUUUACUAUUCGAAACGAAUAAUAUUUUUGAUUGUAUCAUUAAAAUAGCAUACCCGUUGAGGGUGUUCUUACAUUCGAUUUCGCUCAGUCUGCAAUGUGGUUGAGCAAUGCAAUGACAAAACUCAAAUUAUUGUAUUGGACAUUUGAAAUUAGAACUCCGAACUGAUUAACUGCAAAAACAGAGACAGCCUCAUGAUAAAAGCAUCUUGACUCUCCAGAUAUAACCGAUUGUUAUACCUUGUAGAUACAAUUUUGCUGCCUGGUUAGUGUGCCAUCGUUUUGCCACAAAAAGUGCUUCGGUUCUUCGACUGAUACCCUAGCCGGUAAAUGUGCCUGGAGACGGCUACGAAAACUAAUUUCGGUUUUUGUCUGUCAUGCUAUCGGCUCUUUUCUCACCAAAGUUAGCAGUCUAAUUUCAUAUGACCAUAAAAGACGUUGCACUUGGAACUAUCGUUGUAUCGAGAUAUCGCUAUAUAAAAAUCGGCCGGAUAAUGUGGCCAAGCUUAAAUUUGAAAAAAUACCACCGGGAUAUCAUUCAUUGUUUUAAUUUACCUGGCCGAACCAAAAUAAUUAAAUAAAUAUAAUUAAAUUAAGUAAAAAAAAUAGCCAGCAUUCAACUCGGUGCAUCUGAAUAGAACUCUGAACGCCAGCGCUUUAGCUAGGCCGUAAACGCCGUCGCACGGUGCGACUUUCACUUUUUCCUUUUUGCAAAAGAGAAGAUAUAAAAAAAACAACAACAAUAUACAGAC